AUGGUAUUGGAAGCUGAUUCAAAUCCCAUAGAAACCAUCAAACAUCCUGGGGAAUUUGACACAAUGUUGAAAACAGUUCUAUAUCCCAAAAGUUACGAUUCUGUUUCCGGAUGGAUACCCGAUGUUGGCGAUGGAAGUGUUUUAAAAGAACCGAUGAGAAAUGUUCCAAAUGAUGCAAAUGAAGAUAGAAUGAGAGCUAUUGCUCGAAAAACAAUAGAAAGAGUAGGACGAGCAGCAAGAUAUUUAAUAGUUGGUUUCAAGAACUUACCAGAUUCUCAAACGAAUAACAAUAAUAUCUUUAGAGUAGCAAUGAACCAAACUCAAGAUCCUAUAAUCCGUAAAGUUCAAGAAAGAUUAAAUAAUGAUAAUUAUUCUAACCAACCUUUAACAAUUAAUCCAUCCACAAAGGAUUAUAAUGAAUUGUAUACAAACUAUAAAAAUAUGUGUGAAUUAUUUGGAAAUCCACCUCAGUUUGAAAAUGUAGAUUUUGCAAUUAAUCAUCCAAUCUUCUGUUUUGAUCUAUCAGCUCAUCAAGAAGAUCUUUUCAAAACAGGAGUAAAUAUAAAUAUUCAUAUUGAAAAAACACAAGGAGAUGUAACCGGUUAUUGUUUAUUAUUGGAAGAAGCAAAACAUUUAAUUAAAAUAUCCGACAGACGGAUGAUUCGUAUAGAAUAA